CUGUGCUGUUGUCCCCCCUGAAUUUUACUUGAUUGUAUUAGCUUUUCCCAGCCAGUUUAAUCUUCAUUUAUUCAUAGUUUUGGGGGUUAAGAGAUAUUGGUACUCAUAUUUGCAUUCCAAUAUUCAAUAAAUCAGUCAAAUUUGGAUAAUUAUACUUCUCUUUCAAAAGAAUAUUAGUAAGAAUUUGAGAAUUUUGGGUUGUUUGCUAUGAAGGCGAAAGCUUUGUACAGGCAAAGAGACUGCUGCCAUUUUGUAGAAUGCAAGGGAUAUAGGUACUCAAAUUGGAUAGAGAUACAAGAAAGAAUGGCUCUUAAUGCUGCAGCAAAGAUAUGUGUCCCUACUGUUUCCAAUACAAUGGAGACAGUCUCGAGACCUGAAACUGAAUGUAAACUUCAAUUCAGGUAUCAUGUUGUUAAUCCAUGUAAAGAAGCUUUGUCAAGUCGUCGUCUUGUAAUAGCGCGUACCAGCGCAUCUUUGUUUACUGUUCUUACCUUCAACUGUGGCUUAACUCCAUUGCCAGUAUGGGCUGAACCAGAUGACCAGAACCAAGACGAUCAAGCAGUUGUAGGGGCCAUCAAAUCGCUGUUUGAUCCUAACGAGAAAACAAAGUCUGGAAAAGUGUUGCCCAAGGCUUACUUAAAGUCAGCCAGAGAAGUUGUGAAAACACUGCGUGAAUCACUGAAGGAGGAUCCGAAGGAUAUCGUUAAAUUUAGACGAACUGCAGAUUCUGCAAAAGAAUCAAUUCGAGACUAUUUGAGCAAUUGGAAGGGACAAGAUAAGGUGGCUCGUGAGGAAUCAUACGUCCAGCUGGAGAAAGCAAUCAGAUCUUUGGCCAGUUUCUACUCGAAGGCAGGUCCAUCUGCUCCAUUACCGGAAGAGAUUAAGAACGAAAUAUUGAAUGAUUUAACCACUGCUGAAGAAUUUUUGUAGUGCAUCAGCAUGUCAGAGAUGAUGUAUGAAUACACCUCACGAAUUCAAACCAGUUGAAAUGAGAAUGACAUCUAUUUCAG